AUGGAGACCUACAAGGGGAUGCAAUUUUUGUCGAAUAAGGGAAGCGUAAAGAAUGCAUUUAAUAAAAGCAAUUUAUCAUAUGAAGUAAUGCUAGAUAGAAAAGAAGAUGAGAAUUUUGUGUAUUCUAAUUAUGAACAUGUAGAAACACAAGUAGAGAAAGACUGUAAAGGUAUGGUAGUAUGUAAAAAAUAUAAGAAUAGUUAUGAAAUAAUAGUUGAAAAAGUUAAAGAGAAAAGAGUAGGAGUAUUACUUGUAGGUAUAGGAGGUAAUAAUGCUACGACUAUGUUAGGAGGUAUAUGUGCGAAUGCUAAAGAUUUAAGUUAUAUGAAUAAGUGUGAUUUAAAGAGAUCUAAUUAUUUAGGUAGUGUUUUUUUAUCAUCUAAUAUUAGAUUAGGAUAUAAUGAAAAAGAUAAAGAACAUGCAUAUGCUCCAAUUUAUAAACUUAUUGAUAUAUAUAAUCCAGAAAAUAUUGUGUAUGGUGGUUGGGAUUUAAAUAAUAUGAAUUUAAAAGAUUGUUUAGUUCGUAAUAAAGUUUUUGAUAAUGAAGUAAUUGAAAAAAUAAAAGAUGAUUUAGAUUACAUCCCUUUAAAAAGUGUUUAUUUUAAAGGAAAUUUUAUUGCAGGUAAUCAACAACGUAGAGUUAAUAAUAUUUUAUAUGGUAAAAAUAAAUUAGAAAUAUUAGAACUUGUAAGAGAACAAAUUAGAAACUUUAAAAAACAAAAUAAUUUAAAUGAAGUAAUUGUAUUAUGGUCAGGAAAUACAGAAAAAAAUAUACCACAUAUACCAGGAGUUAAUGAUACUUUUAUAAAUAUUUUACAUGCAUGUAAACAAAAUCAUGAAUCCGUUUCACCAAGUGUUAUCUAUGCUCUUGCAGCUAUUCUAGAAAAUUCCCCUUUUAUAAAUAGUAGCCCACAAAAUACAUUGGUAAGUGCAGUAGUACAAUUAGCACAACAAAAAGGAAUAUUCAUAAUUGGAAAUGAUUUAAAAACAGGACAAACGAAAAUUAAAAAUUUCCUCCUCGACUUUUAUUUUGGCACAGGACUGAAACCAAAGAGCAUCGUGUCAUACAAUCAUCUUGGAAAUAAUGACGGAAAAAAUUUAUCAUCAGAUUUACAAUUUUAUAGCAAGAAAGUAUCUAAAAGUAAUUUAAUAUGUGACUAUGUGCGUGCGAAUGAAAAUUUAUAUGUUGAUGACGAGAAGGAUGUAAAUAUGGCAGUAAAAAAAAGUUUAGAAUAUUGUGAAGGAGAUAGUUUAAAUGAAAAAGGAAAAGUAAGUGCUGAUAUUGAAGAAGAUUGUACAUAUGUAGAAAGUUUAGAGAAACAAAAAGUGAACAGUGAAAUUGUUAUAAAAUAUGUACCAUAUGUUGGAGAUGAUAAAAAAGCUAUAGAUGAAUAUAUCAGUGAAAUAUUUAUGAAUGGAAAAAAUACAAUAGUUUUAUAUAAUAUCUGUCAAGAUUCUAUGUUAGCAUCUCCUAUAUUAAUUGAUUUAAUAUUAUUAGUAGAAUUAUCACAACGUGUAUUUUUCAAACCUAGUCAAGAAAAGGAAACAUUAGAAAAUGAACAAUUAUUAAAUGAAAAUAUACAAAUUGAAGAUUAUAAAUUAUCUCAUACUAUAUUAAAACCAAAAUAUAAUUCAUUUAAAAAUUUAGAUAGUGUUCUCUUUUUAUCGAGUAUUUUCUGUAAAUCUCCUUUUAAUUCAAAUGUAUAUAAAACAAGACAUUCUUUCUUUUCACAAUUAGAAAGUUUAUGGAAUUUUGUUAGAAUUAUAUCUGGAUUACCAAUAGAUGCUCAUAUUGAUUUACCAUAUAUGCUUUAA